GCGUGCGUUUCACCGCGCUCUGCUGUUAGAGAGGAAGUGAACUGACGAAACCGAACGUCGCGAGCUCUAACGUAGUUCUAAACUUCUAGUCCUGGAGUUUAUUAAACUGGUGGAACUGGUCGGCGCGGAGCUAGCUGUGCUACUGCGAUAUUUUACAGCGACAUUGAAACGGUCUCUGAGUUUAAUUAUCUUCAGAGUUCAUUUGUAACAAACACCACAGAAAAGGAAGCGCGUGCGGAGCGGAUACACGCGCAACUCUUCCGCACCGGAAACUUCUCGAAAAGUUCUAAAUGUUUUUUUUUUUUUUUUUUACACAUAAAGGAUCCGCGUUGUGAAAUGCUGCAGUUCUCAUGAAGGUCUCUUUCUGUUCACGAUUAAACUGAGUAAAGAGUGUAAAGUUAGUCACAGACUCAAUGGCUUCUCAGGGACGCAAAAGAACUCCGAACAGAACCGCAGCGACUCCGGAGGGGGAUGCACUCAACGUGAUCGCAAAAGAGGCUGAGGCCAGACUGGCAGCUAAGAGGGCUGCCAGGGCAGAAGCUCGUGAGAUCCGCAUGAAGGAGCUGGAGAGACAACAGAAAGAGAUUUAUCAGGUCCAGAAGAAAUACUAUGGACUGGAGAACCUGGACAACAAAUGGGGGGACAUUGAGCAGUGGAUGGAGGACAGUGAGCAGUAUACACGCCACUCACAGAAACAUGUUUCGGUGUCCGAUGAUGAAGAAUGUAUGUCUGUGGGUAACAGGAGCAGUGUGCCGUUGGAUUUGGAUUCAGAGGCUGCGCUAUCUCAUACAUCUUAUUUAAAUUCUCACAAGAGCGCAAAGAAGAAGAAAAAGAAGUCGAAGCACUCUUCAGAUAUUAGUAAUGGCUAUGAUAAUGAUUACAGCACAAUUUCCAGUCGGGGAUCUUUAUAUAAAAACAGUCUCUGCGGCAGCUCGCUUCGCUCCAGUACUCGUACUUUGUCAGAGUAUAGUGGUCGUUUGGGCUCAAGCUCCAGAGCAUCGUCCAGGACGAGUUCCAGAUGUGCUAGUCCAGUGGAAAAUAGCAGCAGCUCAGUAGCUAGUCUUUUAAGAAAGGCGGCUAGCAGCAGUGGCCUUUCCAGAGACUUGGAUCAUGUGACCAUUCCUGACGUGCCAAAUUUGGACGACAGAUUGGAAAGAGAUUUUUUUGAAAAGGGCCCCUCUCGAGCAUCUCUAUCCACUACCACUCUGACUUCACUGGGCGGGGCUUCCUCACAAAAAGGAAGUGGUGGUUCUUCUGUCACUGCAGAAACCGAGACAUCCUUACAGGAUAUUAAGGAGAUUCAUGAACUUAAGGAUCAGAUUCAUGAUGUGGAGGCCAAGUACACACAGAGUCUCAAGGAUCUCAAGGACUCUUUGGCAGAGAUGGAGAUGAAAUAUCGCAAGGCAAUGGUGUCCAAUGCUCAGUUGGACAACGAGAAAUCUAAUCUGAUGUAUGAGGUGGACACUUUAAAGGACUCGCUGAUGGAGUUGGAGGAGCUCCUCGCUGAGACUCGGCGAGAGUGUGAGGAAAGAUCUAAGGAACUGGAGCGGGAGAAACAUGCCCACAGUAUCCUGCAAUUUCAGUUCAGUGAGCAAAAAGAAACCCUGAAGCAAAGUGAAGAGCUACUGACUGAGAUCCGUCAUUUACACUUCAAACAAGAGGGCUUUGUUAGGGAGAUUUCUGACCUUCAGGAAACUAUUGAAUGGAAGGAUAAAAAAAUUGGGGCCUUAGAAAGACAGAAGGAGUUUUCUGAUGCCAUCCGAACUGAGCGGGAUGAACUCAGGGAUGAGGUGGUUCAACUCAAAGACAUUUUAAAGAAACAUGGCAUUGUCCUUGGACCAGACUUGUGCCCCAAUGGGGAAGUGGAAGAAAACCUGACCGGUGGUUCAGUCUGCAGUGCAUUGCAACAGGGGAGCAGUGUCUUAGGCUCUCAGAAGAUGCAGCUGUUUAGCGAUGAAAAUGUAGGGGGCUCCAGAAGUGUCCAGUUCCAAACCCCACAGGAUUUUCACUACGGGAUGCAAGAGAAUCACCUGCCUUCAUCUUCUUCUGGCAGUUUAUCUCAUCCUCCUUUAGAGGCACAAUAUAAGGAAGGCGGUCUUGAGAACUAUUUAAAUAACAGCAUAGAGAAAAGUCAUAAUGUUGAAAAACUUCAAAAUGUUUGUGAGGUUGAAGCAAAAGAACAAGUUCAGUUGGAAAUUUUAAAAGGUAAUGUAGAAUUAGAACCUGUUCGGAUAAUUGAGGAAGGUAUGACAGACCAGCAGGAGAUUCCAUUGCAUGUUGAUAGAAGUGAGACUAUAAAAGAGGCAAAUCCUGAUUCCAAAGAAAAGGUCACAUGUGAGAUAUCAGAAAAAGAUCUCUCAGAUGAAACUCAACAUGAAGAUUCUCAGAUCAAAAUCACUUCUCACAGUUUGCCAUCAGCAAAAAUAGAUACAUCAUCACAUUCCCAAAGUGCCAGUGGCUCAGGAAAAAAGAAGAAGAAGAAGAAGAAAAAUAAACAUAAACAAAAGCAUAGUUGUGAUGAAAAAGAGGUUCAUUCAGAAAUUGGGGGAGAAAAUGAAAACCAGCUCACAGAGAGCCGUUCAGUUCAGACAGUUAUGUACAACUCUGUACCAUCAGAGGAAGCUCCAAUAAAUGGAAAAGUAACAGGUAAGAUGAAUCAGGAUGAAGCAAUUGAUCUGAUCCACAAAGAAGCAGAAUCUCUAGAAGUACAAUAUCCUGCCUCCAUCACACCUAUGACCUCCAAAACAGAAAUUAAUAUUGACAUACCUACUUAUGAAAAUCCAUUGAAAAGUACUGCUGGAGAGUUAAAAGCUUCUGAACAGGAUGUCAAAUACCAAUCUCCAGGCAACAAUGAGGACACUGAAGCAAAAGACGAUGUUGCCAUUUGCACUGUUCUUUCUGAAUCUAACAACUCUUUUGAGGUAAAACCUGGGAAAGAUAUAACUGAAACUGAAAUUACAGUUAAAAUACCAGAAAAUGAGCAAGAAACAUCUGCAGACACACAGAAGUGUAAGACAUUGGUUACAGCUUAUAAAUCUGAAGUAGAGCAAGAAACAUCUGCAAAAACACAGCUGGGUGAGACAUUGGUUACAUCUAAAGGACCUGAAGAAGAGCAAAAAACACCCGGGGAAACACAGCUGGUUGAGACAUUUGUGACAGCUAAUAAACCUAAAGUAGAAAGGGAAACAUCUGCAGACACACAGCUGGAUGAGACAUUAGUUACCGCUAAAGAACCCAAAGAAGAGCAAAAAACAUCUGGAGAAACACAGCUGGAUGAGACAUUGGUUACAGCUAAAGAACCCAAAGAAGGGCAAGAACCAUCUAGAGAAACACAGAUGGGUGAGACAUUGGUUACAGCUAAAGAACCCAAAGAAGAGCAAGAAACAUCUGGAGAAACACAGCUGGAUGAGACAUUGGUUACCGGAGAAACGCAGCUGGGUGAGACAUUGGUUACAGCUAAAGAAUCCAAAGAAGAGCAAGAAACAUCUGGAGAAACACAGCUGGAUGUGACAUUGGUUACAGCUAAAGAACCUGAAGAAGGGCAAGAAGCAUCUGUAGAAACUCAGCUGUGUGAGACACUGGUUACAGCUAAAGAACCCGAAGAAGGGCAAGAAACAUCUGGAGAAACACAGCAGGGUAAACAAUUGGUUACAGCUACAGAAUCCGAAGAAGAGCAAGAAACAUCUGGAGAAACACAGCUGGAUGUGACAUUGGUUACAGCUAAAGAACCUGAAGAAGGGCAAGAAGCAUCUGUAGAAACUCAGUUGGGUGAGACAUUGGUUACAGCUAAAGAACCCGAAGAAGAGCAAGAAACAUCUGGAGAAACACAGCUGGAUGUGACAUUGGUUACAGCUAAAGAACCUGAAGAAGGGCAAGAAGCAUCUGUAGAAACUCAGCUGUGUGAGACACUGGUUACAGCUAAAGAACCCGAAGAAGGGCAAGAAACAUCUGGAGAAACACAGCAGGGUAAACAAUUGGUUACAGCUACAGAAUCCGAAGAAGAGCAAGAAACAUCUGGAGAAACGCAGCUGGGUAAGAUAUUGGUUACAGCUAAAGAACCCGGAAAAGAGCAAGAAACAUCUGGGGAAACGCAGUUAAAUGAGACAUUGUUUACAGCUAAAGAACCCAAAGAAGGGCAAGAAACAUCUGGAGAAACACAGAUGGGUGAGACAUUGGUUACAGCUAACGAACCUGAAGAAGAGCAAGAAACAUCUGAAGAAACACAGCUGGGUGAGACAUUGGUUACAGCUAACGAACCUGAAGAAGAGCAAGAAACAUCUGAAGAAACACAGCUGGAUGAGACAUUGGUUACAGCUAAAGAACCUAAAGAAGGGCAAGAAACAUCUAGAGAAACGCAGCUGGAUGAGAGAUUGGUUACAGCUAAAGAACCCGAAGAAGGGCAAGAAACAUCUGGAGAAAAACAGCUGGAUGAGACAUUGGUUACAGCUAAAGAACCCAAAGAAGAGCAAGAAACAUCUGUAGAAAUACAGCUGGAUGAGACUUUGGUUACAGCUAAAGAACCUAAAGAAGGGAAAGAAACAUUUAAAGAAACGCAGCUGGGUGAGACAUUGGUUACAGCUAAAGAACCCGAAAAAGGGCAAGAAACAUCUGGAAAAACACAGCUGGAUGAGAAAUUGGUUACAGCUAAAGAACCCGAAGAAGGGCAAGAAACAUCUGGAGAAACGCAGUUGGGUGAGACAUUGGUUACAGCUAAAGAACCCAAAGAAGAGCAAGAAACAUCUGGAGAAAUACAGCUGGAUGAGACUUUGGGUACAUCUAAAGAACCCGAAGAAGGGCAAGACACAUCUGGAGAAACGCAGCUGGGUGAGACAUUGCUUACAACAAAAGAGCUCGAAAAAGGGAAAAAAACAUCUACUGACAAAAAGUUCGAUGAAGUACCAGAGAAGGAGCAAGAAUCAUGCUGGCUAGGACACAUGGAUCAGGAAUUCAAAGUAGCAAAGGAAGAUGAGGUGGACUGUGGAGAAUCUGUGAAGUUUAAUAUGGUGUCAAAAGAAAAUUUGCAUGGAGAAACCGAGUGUCUGCAAGAAGAUAAAAGUAUUUUUUCUUGUACUAAGCAGAAUUGUACAGUGAAUGAAGGGCAUGACCUCCCAGAUACUAAAGAUGGCCCUAAAAACCAAAUGCCACAGACAGAUGAAAAAAACAAAAAAUGCCAGCAGAAGUUUGUUACAGAAAAUGAGGAACAAGGAUCUCAAGAGCAUGAAGAAAUUUUACAUUUUGAACAAAAAAUGUUUCCUGAGAAGGAAACAAGUCCAGUACAUAAUGUACAGGUUCUUGAUAAUGAACCUCCUGAGACAGGAGAGGUAGACCAGAAAGCAAAUAGUAUCAUUCCACAAGAAGGUGGUCAGAAUUUGGAAGAGCAGGAAGUCAUGGAACUUAAAGAAGGUACAUCAGAGAGAAACAAGGUGGAUGCAAAGAAUGGCUCCAAAAAGGAAAGCAAGAAAGGAAAAGGAAAGGGUAAAGAGGACUGCAAAAUGUCCUAAUAACAAAUAGGAUGUAACUAUAAAAAUUAACAGUGAGGUCCAGAGAAUUAGUUUGAAUGCGGAAAAAUCAAUAUUGACACAAUUAUUAUAUAUUAUAGCAUAUUAUAUUUAUUUAACUCCACCAAAAAUGAGAAAUUAAUACACUGCAAAAACAGAUCCUUAGCCACUAUCUUGAAUAUAGUAUAUAUGUACUGUAUUUAUAUGUUCUUAAAAUAAGAUUACAACAAACCAAAUAAAAAAUCAUUAAGCUUAUAUGAAAUUGUAUUAAAAUUUAGUGAAAUUAGGAAAAUUUUUAGGAAAUAAUUUUUUAAAAGAAACAAAAUUCUCUGCCCAUAGAACAUUUGGAAAUAGAAAGUUUCGCUUACAAUUUUAGUAACAUUCGACAAGAAAUAAGCUUAAAGAUUUAAUGUUUGGUUUGUUUUCAAAAAUCAUAAUGAUACUUGGUUAGAUUUUUUUUUUUUUUUUGCAGUGUACUCUUUAAGAAAGAAACUCUGCAUUUGCGCAUUUAAAUAAAAUGUGUUUAAAUAUACAGCUAUCAGCAAUGUUUAAAUGUUUUGUUGUGUGAUCUGUUUGUCGGUCCUUUUAGCAUCGUGUGAGCACAUUUAAGACAUUUUGAGCCUAAUGCAUAUGGCUUAUUUAUUGUCCAAGUAUUCUUACUCUGGUAGUUAACAUGCUGCUUUAUCUUCAGAAAUAUGGGAUGCAGCAUCUUGCUACAUUUUUGCACACGAUAUAAUAAAUUUAGUUUUUUUGUUGGUUUGCCAUCAGGGACUUUUGUUUUUUUCACAUUAUACUAAGUGUAUGUGGCAUAUUAAAAAAAAAAAAAAAAAAAAAAA